GAGGGGGAAGGUUUCCGUUGAAGCACUGCCUCGGUUCAGCCAGCACUUUAUGGCUGCCGGAAGUGGUUGCUUCUCCCGGACUCCUUCUCGGCCUCCGAUCCGUGAACUGCAGUGGGGGCGAUGGCGGCGGCGGCGGCCGCCGGGCCUGGCCCCGGGGACUCCCCCGAGGGGUCCGAGGCCGAGGCGCUGGAGCGCCGGCGGAAGGCGCACGGAAUGCUGAAGCUUUACUACGGCCUGUCGGAGGGCGAGGGCGCCGGGCGCCCCGCGGGACCGGACCCACUGGACCCCACGGACCUCAACGGGGCGCACUUCGAUCCGGAAGUCUAUCUGGACAAGCUGCGGAGAGAGUGCCCCCUGGCCCAGCUGAUGGACAGUGAAAAGGACAUGGUGCGGCAGAUCCGGGCUCUGGACAGUGACAUGCAGACCCUGGUCUACGAAAACUACAACAAGUUCAUCUCCGCCACAGACACCAUCCGCAAGAUGAAGAACGAUUUCCGCAAGAUGGAGGACGAGAUGGACCGGCUGGCCACCAACAUGGCCGUCAUCACGGACUUCAGCGCGCGCAUCAGCGCCACCCUGCAGGACCGCCACGAGCGCAUCACCAAGCUGGCAGGGGUCCACGCACUCCUGCGGAAGCUGCAGUUCCUCUUUGAGCUGCCGUCACGCCUCACCAAGUGUGUGGAGCUGGGCGCCUAUGGGCAGGCGGUGCGCUACCAGGGCAGAGCGCGGGCUGUGCUGCGCCAGUACCAGCACCUGCCCUCCUUCCGUGCCAUCCAGGAUGACUGUCAGCUCAUUACGGCCCGCCUAGCCCAGCAGCUGCGCCAGCGCUUCAGGGAGGGCGGCUCAGGCGCACCCGAGCAGGCCGAGUGCGUGGAGCUGCUGCUGGCCCUGGGCGAACCUGCCGAGGAGCUGUGCACUGAAUUCCUGGAGCACGCCCGGGGGCGCCUGGAGGCGGAGCUCAAGGGCCUGGAGGCAGAGCUGGGGCCCUCCCCGCCGGCCCCUGAUGUGCUGGAGUUCACGGACCGCGGCGGCAGCGGCUUCGUGGGCGGCCUCAGCCAGGUGGCAGCGGCCUACCAGGAGCUGUUUGCAGCCCAGGGACCCGCGGGCACCGAGAAGCUGGCGGCCUUCGCCCGCGAGCUGGGCGGCCGCUACUUUGCUCUUGUGGAGCGGCGGCUGGCGCAGGAGCAGGGCAGCGGGGACAACUCGCUACUGGUGCGAGCGCUGGAUCGCUUCCACCGGCGCCUGCGGGCCCCUGGGGCAUUGCUGGCUGCUGCUGGGCUGGCCGAGGCUGCCACAGAGAUCGUGGAGAGAGUGGCCCGGGAGCGCCUGGGCCAUCACCUGCAGGGCCUGCGGGCCGCCUUCCUGGGCUGCCUGACUGACGUGCGUCAGGCCCUGGCGGCACCUCGCCUGGCGGGGAAGGAAGGCCCAGGCCUGGCCGAGUUGCUGGCCACCGUGGCCAGCUCCAUCCUGAGCCACAUCAAGGCCUCUCUGGCUGCUGUGCAUCUCUUCACUGCCAAGGAGGUGUCCUUCUCCAACAAGCCCUACUUCCGGGGUGAGUUCUGCAGCCAGGGCGUCCGCGAGGGCCUCAUAGUGGGCUUUAUCCGCUCCAUGUGCCAAACGGCCCAGAGCUUCUGUGACAGUCCUGGGGAGAAGGGGGGUGCCACGCCGCCCGCCCUGCUCCUGCUGCUGUCCCGCCUCUGCCUGGACUACGAGACCGCCACCAUCUCCUACAUCCUCACCCUCACCGACGAGCAGUUCCUGGUGCAGGACCAGUCUCCAGUGACGCCUGUGAGCACCCUGUGUGCGGAGGCCCGGGAGACAGCCCGGCGGCUACUGACCCACUACGUGAAGGUGCAGGGCCUGGUCAUCUCACAAAUGCUGCGCAAGAGUGUGGAGACGCGGGACUGGCUCAGCACCCUGGAACCACGCAAUGUGCGUGCUGUCAUGAAGCGGGUGGUGGAGGACACGACAGCCAUCGACGUGCAGGUGGGGCUCCUGUACGAGGAGGGCGUCCGCAAGGCGCAGAGCAGCGAUUCCAGCAAGAGAACCUUCUCGGUGUACAGCAGCUCCCGGCAGCAGGGCCGCUACGCACCCAGCUACACGCCCAGUGCGCCCAUGGACACCAACCUCCUAAGCAACAUCCAGAAGCUGUUCUCUGAGCGGAUCGAUGUGUUCAGCCCUGUGGAGUUCAACAAGGUGUCUGUGCUGACUGGCAUCAUCAAGAUCAGCCUGAAGACGCUGCUUGAGUGUGUGCGGCUGCGCACCUUUGGGCGCUAUGGGCUGCAGCAGGUGCAGGUGGACUGCCAUUUCCUGCAGCUCUACCUGUGGCGCUUCGUGGCCGACGAGGAGCUUGUGCACCUGCUGCUGGAUGAAGUGGUAGCCUCAGCCGCCCUGCGUUGCCCAGACCCAGUGCCCAUGGAGCCCAGUGUUGUCGAGGUCAUCUGCGAGCGUGGUUAGGCACAGCCGCUGCUAAGCCACUGGCCAGCCCCGCGGUCUCAGCCUGGCCUGCCCUGGUCGCAGCCCUCCCCAGCGGGCGAGUGUCUGAAUCCCCAUAAUAAACCCGUGUGGCCUCCUCCA